AUGUGGCAGCUGCCGAGUGGCGCCCGCGCGCCCCUCCUACGGGCGACCCUAUCAGAUUCGUGGGCAGCGCUGCCCGCCCGUGCCGGCCUGAAGACGCUGCUCCCGGUGCCAACGUUUGAAGAUGUCUCCAUUCCUGAAAAGCCCAAGCUUAGAUUUGUUGAAAGGGCACCACUUGUGCCAAAAGUGAGGAGAGAGCCUAAAAACCUGCGUGACAUACGAGGUCCGUCCACGGAAGCCACGGAGUUCACAGACGGCAAUUUUGCAAUCUUGGCACUGGGUGGCGGUUACCUCCAUUGGGGGCAUUUUGAAAUGAUGCGCCUGACAAUCAACCGCUUCAUGGACCCCAAGCACAUGUUUGCCUUAUGGCGAGUACCAGCCCCAUUCAAGGCCGUCACCCGCAAGGGCAUGGGGCAGCGCAUGGGAGGCGGCAAGGGCGCCAUCGACCACUACGUGACUCCCGUGAAGGCCGGCCGCCUCAUAGUCGAGGUGGGCGGGCGCUGCGAAUUCCAGGAGGUACAAGGCAUCCUUGACCAGGUUGCCCACAAGUUGCCUUUCCCUGCUAAAGCCGUGAGCCGUGAGACUCUAGAGAAGAUGCAGAAAGACCAAGAGGAGCGAGAACGGAACAACCAGAACCCCUGGACCUUUGAGCGCAUCGCCACCGCCAACAUGCUGGGGAUACGGAAGGUGCUGAGCCCCUACGACCUGACCCUCCGGGGGCGGUACUGGGGCAAGUUCUACAUGCCUGAGCGCGUGUAG